AUGGCGGAAGUGUCUUCCCGCCUCGGCGCUGGCCCCGGGGGCUUGAGGCUCUCCGUCCUGCUGCUCCUGAUGCUGCUGGAACCCCCAACCGCAGGCAGCACGACCCCCGCCUGCGGCCGGCCUCGCACACAGGGGAAAAUCAUGGGGGGCAUGCCUGCACCUGAGGGAAAGUGGCCAUGGCAGGUCAGCGUUCACUACAGUGGGUCACAUGUCUGUGGCGGGUCCAUCCUCAACGAGUACUGGAUUUUGUCUGCAGCCCACUGCUUCAGCUUGAAAUUGAAUACCCACGGAUUUGAUUUGUACGUGGGUAUCGUCAACCUUAACUUUGCAAGCAAACACACCCAGUGGUUUGAGGUGAAUAAGGUGAUCAUUCACCCUACCUACCAGUUAAAGCACCCUGUUGGAGGCGACGUCGCUCUGGUGCAGCUGAAAACUCGCAUUGAAUUUUCUGACUCCGUGCUCCCAGUCUGCCUCGCAUCUCCAGACAUGACCUUUCAGAAUGUGAGUUGCUGGGCUACAGGCUGGGGACUAGUCCGACCACGAGGUGAGCCAUCAGUCACGUUGCAGGAGGCUAAGUUUGCUCUGAUUUCAGCUGUCCUGUGUCAGAUGCUCUAUGGAACCCCGUUAGCCAUUCAGCCAGACAUGCUGUGUGCUGGGAACCUUGUAGAUAAGAAGAGCGUCUGUGAGGGUGACUCUGGGGGCCCACUCGUCUGUGAAGUCAACCACACCUGGUGGCAAAUUGGAAUAGUGAGCUGGGGCCGUGGUUGCUCAUACCCUAUGUAUCCUGGAGUUUAUGCCAAAGUCUCUUAUUUCUUUGAAUGGAUCCAUUCUAAAAUAGAGCAAACACCCCUGCCUCCUCAGCCAACCCCCAGCUUCUCCUCUGCUCUGGGAGUCAGUGCCAAUAUCCACAUCAUCACAUUGUUCUACGUGUCGUUGUUGUGA